CUUUCUGAGGCAAGGCUUCCACUUCAGAUAGUCCUGCAGAAUCACCCAGCACCCUGAUGGCCCUCCCAAUCUCUGUGCUGAUGGCCCUGGUGAUGUUCUGCUGCAGACCUGCCUGCUUUUGGUGCUGUGACCUACCUCUGAGCCAUAGCAAUCAGGAAACCUUCACACUUUUGAAUCAAAUGGAGAGAAUCUCCCUUCUGUCAUGUCUGAAGGACAGGACUGAUUUCAGAUUUCCUCAGAUACUUAUGGAUAUGAACCAGCUGGAAAAGACACAAGCUGCUGUUCUCCUGUAUGAGAUGCUUCAGCAAACCUUCAACCUCUUCAGCAGAAGUGACUCUCUUGAGGCUUGGGAUGAGACCUUUCUGGACAAAUUCCUGUUUGGACUUUAUCAGCAGUUGAAUGACCUGGAGAUCUGUUUCGAGAAAGAUAGGAAGGUGGAACAGAUACCCCUGGGAACUGAGAACUCUGUGAAGAGUUACUUCCAAGGAAUCGGUCUGUAUCUGAAAGAGAAGGAACACAGCCUCUGUGCCUGGGAGGUUGUCAGAGUGGAAAUCAGAAAAUGCUUUCUCUUCAUUAACAUGCUCACAGGAAAACUCCAGACAUAAAGUAGAGGCUGACUCUUAAAAUAGUCCAUCUGAUCAACUAAGUUGCUAUUUCCUAAUACUCAAAGUGCAAUCUUCAUAUCUAUUU